AUGGCGGAAUUCUUGGAGCUCGAGGCGCAGGACGGGGUCCGGAUGCCGUGGAACGUCUUCCCGGGGACGAAGCAGGAGGCCACCGCCUGUGUCGUCCCCCCAGCUGCCAUAUACACGCCUCUGAAGCCACUAGACUCCUCUUCGGGGGCUGAGGCACCUCUGCUCCCCUAUGCCCCGCUCCGCUGCCGCAUCUGCCGCUCCGUCCUCAACCCCUUUGCCAUCGUUGAUUAUGCCACCAAGAUCUGGAUCUGCCCCUUCUGCUACCAACGCAAUCACUUCCCUCAUCACUAUGCCUCUCUAUCCGAGGAUAGCCUACCCGCCGAGCUCUUCCGCCAGUACACAACCAUCGAAUAUCAGUCCGCCGCAGAGGGCUCAGGUGCUGUGCUACCGCCCGUGUACCUCUUUGUGGUUGACACGUGCAUGAUUGAGGAGGAGGUGGGCUACCUCAAGUCCGCCCUGGCCCAGGCCGUGGAACUUCUUCCUGAGAGGUCCCUCGUCGGUUUCAUCACCUUCGGCACCUAUGUUCAGGUUCUUCAUCCCCCCCACUCCUCCCCAGCGAAACUUGUAUUCUUACGUCUCGUCGAUCGUCUCUUCUGCUUUGUUAACGUUUGGAACGUCUCGAAUUUGGGUGUCAGGUUCACGAGUUGGGAUUUGGGCACAUAACAAAGACAUAUGUGUUCAAGGGAACAAAGGAGGUGACCAAGGAACAGAUUCUGGAGCAGAUGGGCUUCUUUUCGCGGAAAACGAGGCCGCUGACGGGAGUGAUAGCCGGAGCCAGAGAUGGGCUUUCAGCGGAGAGCAUUGCACGAUUUCUGGUGCCAGCUUCUGAAUGCGAGUUCGUCCUUAAUUCUGUAAGUGUAACCGCUGCUUUUCAUUAGUACGUGCGGGUUCUUGGAAGCGCUCAUUUUCGAGCAUAACUUAGAUGGAUAAGAAAAUCGCCUGGCCCGCCAAAGAAGAGGAACAAAACCAUUAUGCAAAUAUUUUGUGGACAUUAUGUCAUUUCAUACGCUACACCUGGUUAGAUCAUGCACAAUCACUAGUACCCAGGAUGAUGAAAUGCAUCCAUUUCUCUGAAUCUAUCUCUUCAAUUGAAAGUCUGCCCUUCUGCCUUCUGCUGGAUCGUAAGCUGGUUGAGAAAAUGUACUACAUUUAAUGCAAAACGGACUACUCUUGCAACAAGGGUUGGCCUUUUUUUCCUUCUUUCAGGGUUCUCCCUGAUAGCUAUUUCCUUAUUCGCAUGGAAACUACUCACGUCAUGUCCAUAAUGGGAUUUCAAUCUGUCCACAUGGUUUUGUCCGUGAUUCAUGAGAACUUUAUUGUGCAUCAUUGUAAGAACGCCAGAAUCUUGUAUUUUUCCCUUUCUUGUUCUGGCGAACUUUUUCUUUCCGGCCAAGGCCUGUUCUUUGGGCUUCUCAGACCUUUUCUAACGACUGCUGACUGAAACUUUCUUUCGUCAAAUCUUGUGUCUGCAUUUUAAUUGUUCUAAUUUGAUGAAUUUUUCUGGCCUUAGUCGACUGGUUAUGCUUUUUCCUUCAUUUUAUAAUUUUUAAGCAGUGAUUGUUUAAUCUGUAGUGCGAGAGUAAAAUUUGGUAAUUUUGAUGCCUACAAGGAGAAAACUGUCCGCGUGUCUUAUGUUAUUUUCCCAUAAAUAUUUUUUAUUUUUUUACUUUUCCUUGUUAUCGUUUCCUUAGAUGUUUUAAAUAAUUACUUGAUGAAUUCGAUGUUAGGUCCUGGAGGAGCUUCAGAAAGAUCCUUGGCCUGUUCCAACAAACGAACGGCCAUCAAGAUGUACUAGCGCCGCUCUUAGUUUGGCAGCCUCUCUAUUAGGGAUCUGUGUGCCUGGUUCAGGAGCAAGGAUUAUGGCCUUUCUUGGUGGGCCAUCGACUGAGGGACUUGGAGCUGUAAGUGUCAUUGUUUUAAUGAUGUGGAGAUUCCCUUGUCUUCUUUUUGUCCUUUUCAGCGUACAUCUUUUAUUAUAGAAUUGUAACAUUUUGCGCUGAUACAUCCUCUAAUUCUUUAAUAUAUAUGUAUAUUAUUAGAAGAAAAGGGUUCUAUUUUGUUUUCAAGUUUUAGAGGGGAAUAGGGUUUGAGAUCAAAAGGUUUAUAAUAUUUCCAGGUAGAUACUUUUACAGAAUUGAUAGAUUUAAACCUGGUUUUUAAACUCAGACUAAUGGGCUUUUAAAUUAUUAUUAAUCUAGAAGAAGUGCCAUUGAAAAUCCAUUGUGCUCGGAUCCUAUGCAUAUCAAUAAUGUAUAUAAUAGACGAAGGUAUCAGUAUGCAUAUCAAUAUUAAUAUCAAUAUUGUGUAAGAAGAUAUUUAUUGUGCUGGAUAUGGAUCAAAGGUGGCCUAUCCGUACUUCAUGCUAACAAAGCAUGCCUUGAACUAAGAACGUUACAAGGGGAUAUAGUACAGAAGGUUCAGAAUCGGUCCCUCUUUAUUUUAUGCCAAUGUUCUACCUUUUUUCUUCUCUGCCGAUUUUUCUAUUUUUACUAAGCUACUAGUUCUUUCAGAUCGUACUGAGUCUCUGAAUUCAAACUUCUAGAUUGUUUCGAAGAUCUUAUCAGAACCAAUUCGUUCCCACAAGGAUCUAGACAAGGGUUCAACUCCAUUUUAUAGUAAAGCUGUUAAAUUUUAUGAAGGACUGUCAAAGCAGCUUGUGCAUCAAGGGCACGUAUUGGACUUGUUUGCUUGUGCUCUUGACCAGGUAAUUUCAAGUCAUUUUAUGUAAAGACUCUGUUCUAGUCAUGGUGCAACAAUUUGGUGUGAAAUUGUUCUGGUGUGUCUUUAUUAUGUACUAGAUGUGCUGAUUUUCACCUAAUGAACUAAUUCCUUGAAUAAGGCAUUACUAAACAGAACUUCAAACUAUUUUCACCAAUAUGGCCACUAGAGCUCUUCCUCAAUUAAGUCUUUAUCUCGUUCUUUACUUCACAAAAGACACUAUCUGUUUUGAAUCAUAUAUACUCAUCAUAUGGAGUGAAAUCUCCCAUAUAAAACUAUUCCCAACCCAAAUGCUAUAUAAAAUAUUGAGAAGAGAGUGAUUUCAACCUUAUGUUUUCGUUCUGUACUACUAUAUAACAGUGACAUUCCUAUUGAUUAUUGUGAUUGACAUAUUUGUGAGAAGUAGAGUACGUUAGGAGAGUCAAACCACUAUAAAUUUUGUGCUUUGAUUUUUUAUUCUCUCAGUUAUUUACAAGGAGUCAAAUAACUAUGAAUUUAUGAAUUUUUAUAUCUUAUUUUUGUGUGAUAAUAUCCUCACCGGUGAUCUCCUUGAGGCAUUAAUGUUCUACUUUUCCCAUGCUUAUCUGCAUAAUUUCAUAUUUUCAUUCGUAAUCGAUUUAUUGUCCCGUAAAAUGGCAUUUUUUUUACACAAUCACGUGCAUUUUAUUUGUCGAACUGGUCCAUGGGUGGUCAUGCCCAUUCAUCUACUCCAUUCGUUUGUUGUCACCUAGAAAUGAUCUCCAUGUUCUGCCUUCUAAUUGCACCUCUGCUGCACGCAUCUCGUAUCACACAAUCUUUUAAGUCAUAAAAAGAAAAGGUGUUGCCUUGGCCACUACCUUUCUCUGAUGUUUGAUAGUCCAUGAAAAUAUGAGGGGUUUGCAUAAGACACAUCUCAUUUUGGUGUGUAAGGCUGAAAUAAUUAAUAAAUCCAAUUAUUUAAAUUAGAAAGUAUUUUUUUGUCGUGUUCUGUCUCGUGCAAUAUCGUAUAGCUUUCAGAUACAGAGUUCUCUUUUUUUCUAAUCCCUAUUUUUUUGCUUGUCUGAUAGUAAAGAUUGUAGCUUCGUACUUCUUUCCAACAAUCUCAGUUGGAAUGGUACAGUUAUUUAUUGGGAACACCAUGUUUUUUGACGUUGUACUUGGCUUUUUGACACUUCACUAGUUUUUGAUAUCAUAAAGUAACUGACCUCUUUGAAGCCCUUAAAUAUUUAUAUUAACUUCUUGGAUCCACUGAAGUUGACUUUUUACAUCACAGGUAGGUGUAGCAGAGCUUAAAGUUGCAGUUGAAAGGACGGGAGGAAUUGUUGUGCUUGCAGAAAGUUUUGGCCACUCUGUUUUCAAAGACUCCUUCAGACGUGUUUUCCAGUCAAGUGAUUUCGAUCUUGGCCUCUCAUUCAAGUAAGGCUUCGUCUGCAUGCGCUUCGAAUUUGCCAUUUGUUGAUGGUACCAUAUUUGCGUAUUGACUGUAUCAAAUUCCUUUUUUAUUUAUCUUAUUCACUGUGCUUUGACCCGGAACAUUCAUAUUCUCAUCAAAUCUCAUAUAAAGUUUUAAUAGAAUCAUUCUUUGGAUAUACUUUCCAUUAUUUAUCUGAUCUUAUUUGAUGAAAAAAGGUAAUAAUGGUCAUUAUUUUCUUAUUGCGUCACGUUGUGUAACUUUAGUUAUAUAAAUUGCACCUAGCGUUGCUGAGCUUGUCAUGCAACCGAUGGGUAACAUGUUUGAAUGUCUUCCAGAGAGGCUAUGCGUAGUUCACAAUAAAUCUGUGGCGUGGCUUAUUAUAUCAUCCUUUGGACUUUCGUCUACAAAAGCUUACGGAGUUUUGCAUUUUUGACAUCGUUUGCAGUGGUGUGUUUGAGGUCAGCUGCUCCAAGGAUGUCAAAGUUCAAGGUAUCAUUGGUCCUUGCGCUUCCCUUGAAAAGGUAUUCUAGAAAACGAUUUUGUUUACUUUGCCUGCACUAACUCUCAUCUAAUUAUUAUUUUAUUUUGAUUUUCUGUAGAAAGGUCCCUUAUGUUCAGAAACAGUAGUUGGACAAGGAAAUACGAGUGCCUGGAAAAUGUGUGGUCUUGACAAGAAAACUUCUCUGUGUAUUUUUUUUGAUAUUGCAAAGAAAGAUGGUGCAGAUGCAGUUGGUCAACCCACCAGUAAUCAGUUUUAUUUCCAGUUUCUGACAUAGUAUGUGAUUAAAAUGUAGCUUUUGACUCAUUUCCGAAAAAUUUGAAAUUUCUACGGCUAGUUUGGGAGACGGUUAACUAACAGACUACAGAUAUCAAUGCUGCAGCUAUCAACAUACUGAUGGUCAAAUGAGACUACGCGUUACAACUCUUUCUAGAAGAUGGGUGGCUGGACCUGGUUGUUUGCAGGCAAGCUUAUGCCGAAGUAUUUUCGUUUAUGCUUUCUGUACUGUCGCCUGAUGGUUCUAUCAUUUUCCACUAGAUGGCAACUGGGCUUAUAAGCUUUUCUUCUUGUUAAAUUACUGUCCAUGUAAUAUAUAUAUUUUCUUUAAAUGACGUUCUUAGAACCUGCCAGAGGGGUGCAUCACAUGGAGCUUGGUCAUGUAGGACUAGAUGUUAAACCUGAUAAUGGCCAUGGCUUUUCAAAGUCGUAGAUCUCGAUUGAUUAACUGCUACAAGGGGAUCUACCUUUGUUGACCUGGGCCACGUCUACCCAAGGAAAACUUCAUGGUUUCCCACUAGUCCAGACUGAUUGAGGAUCGAUCAUUUCUUUCUGUUUCAAAAGGGAAAAUGUUAUUUUCAAAAUUUCCUCUUUUUCCAUUAUUUUUCUAAAUUGAUAGACCAAUUAGAAUAGAAAUAUAAAUUGUGAUCUAUGACCUUGUGAAGCAAUUCUAGUUGUGGAGGUGUGUCCUCACCUUUUAUGAUCCAACAGAAGCUUGAACGAUUGAGGAAAAUAGAAAGGAUAUCCUUUAUAUGACGAUGAAUCUUCUACUUGCAGAAGAAGAAAGCCUAUGGCCAUUUUUGUGCAAACGUUUCUUGUACUGAUAUUUAAGAGCUCAUUGUGAAAUUUCACCUCUCUCCUUCAAUCGUCAAAUUUUCAUGUCUUACAUGGCAAAAGGAAUUAGGAAGAACGAGAAAUACCCUGAGCAGUUCAUCCAACCAAAGUUACUGAAUCACAAUCCUCUGGAUGUUUGUUUCAUAUAUAAUUAGUACAUGUUCAAUGAUCUUAUAGUUGGUAGAAAAACGUGAACCGAAAGCGGAUUAAACUCUACCCUAAGAAAAUGAGAGGAAGGUCCGAUUCUCCAUUUAUUGUUGCUCUUGGUGGAAGUAUGGUCUAUGAAAUUGAAGAGCUCAUUAUUUUGUGUCUCCCUGAAAAAACUGUUGUUCUAUGGCGGGCUCAUUAUUCUCCUGAAAAGCACAUCAUGAUCUGUUUCUGGCAGAAUCAACUUUGUCGGCACGGAUUGAAAUCAUGAAUAUUGAUUUCGCGUACUCUCUUGCAUUGGGUUCGAACUGGUUGACGUCUACUCUGGCCCGUACCCUGGUCAAGGGAUCCAUUUGAUAUAGCUUCUGCUGAGGGUCAAUUGUCGCAUAUGCCUGGUAAGGAGUAGUCUUGAAUAUGGUGGGACCCGGCGAUGGGUAAUCCUGCGUGCACAGGAAAGCCCUUGGAGGCUAGGAGGUUGUCAUACAGUGCCUAACGCCUGAGACUCAGGGCUUUCUCCUGUGUUCGUUUGGGCCUUUGAUCCCAUGAUGAUGGUAGCAAUGACAACGAAUCUCGUAUUCUGCCAAUGCCUGGUACUGUACUUGGAUUCGUUUUUUCUCUCUCAACAUGGCCCAACGAUAUAUGACGAUCCAUGUUGGCCCAUUAAUGUUCUCAAUAAUAGUGUGUGUGGCUUUGCACAUAGCACCUGGGAUCUUGGUAAACUUGAGUUGAAAUGAUUGUCAUCCCAGGUGUGCCCUCGUGGGGAGGUUAAUCAUCAGGUCUUACAAUUGGAACGAAUGGUUACAUUUCAUCCGCACUAGAGCCAUUUAUUUUCGCCAGCAUAGCAUUGAAUGACGAAAAGCUUAUUUUUUAAGUUAUUAAUUUGCUUAUGAUUUAUCUAUACUUGCGUGAAUUGUCAGGUUUGAAAUUAUUUUUACACUUUCAUAUUUUUGUUCUGAUGUGUAUCAAGAUUUGUGUUUGGUUGUUAUGACACAUCUUCACAAAAUUAGAUGUCACUGUGGCCAUGAUUUCUUUUCUCAUGUCGUUGCUCAACUCAUUUACCUUAUUCAGGACUUGAGCUCUGGCUUUGAUCAAGAAACAGCAGCAGUAGUCAUGGCACGGCUGGUCUCUUUUAAUAUGGAAACUGAGGUCAGUUCUGUCAUGGUAUUUACACUCUGUUGCAGGAUAUGUAAACAACGUUACUCUGAAACAGAUAAGAAUUUGUGGAGUACGCUGAUAUUUCUGGUUAUUUAGAACCCUCGACGGUUUUCUAUAUCCAUUUCGUUUUCUUCCGUGACUAUUGCAAAACCAAUGUCGCUUCUUGCCAGAAGCAAACUAUCCUUCAUGAUGGAACCAUGCCAAUCGAUUCAGCUAUGUCUUCAAACACCGCUUGUGAUAUGAUCACCUCUUUAACUAUACAACGAACCCAUGUGAUACAGUCUCACCUCAUCGUCCAGAACUGGAAAAUGCCCAAAAGAUCAUCUGAUUCUCCCGUCUGGUUGCUUUUUUAAGAUGCAAGUCACUCUUUUAUCGAGUAAACCUGUGGAACUUAAUGGAAAAUCCUCAAUUCGUAUAUCAAGUAAACUUGUGAUACCCAUCAAGCCAACUAGAGAUGGACACUGAAAAGUGUUUAAGCCUGGCUUGUUCACCGGCUUGUCCGGGCCGUUGACUCUCCUGCCCAUUAUUUUAGGGUGAUUAUGGUGCAGGAGAAAGCAGAAACUUGCAUCGAAGAGGAUCACUAUUCAUAAAAAUUGAUGCCAUACUUUGCACAAAUCGGUCAUUAGUACCAGGUUCUUGCUCAUUAGAGUCAACGCCACUGAUGUCAUCGGUGAGUUGAGUACCUGGCCACCUUUCAGUCUUCCCGGGAGAUUCCUCUCUGCCUAGAUUCUUCUUAGCGUAAUGCAUGCAAUAUCAACCGCUAUAGCUUCACGUCCAAACAGACUUAUGGAGCAGUUUCCUCACAUCUGAAUGAUCAUCCGCCUUUCGCCCACGUCCGUGUUCCUUUAUUUAUAUUUAUGUGGGCAUUAUUCGGGAAAUUCCUCUCUGAUCGAAUGAAUAUGAAUUAUUAUGAAUUAUCCCAAGUUCGUUCUGCUAACUAGGUCAACUCUUGUCAGCAUGCUGGCGUUCUCGGCUGAUUUUUUUCUUCGGGCUCUAUAAUCAGAGGUUAACAAAAAUUUUCAGGCCGAGUUUGACGCCAUCAGAUGGCUCGACAGGUCGCUGAUUCGUUUAUGUUCUCGGUUUGGAGAUUAUCAAAAGGACAACCCAUCCAGUUUCAGCUUCUCUCCUCGUCUAUCCAUAUUUCCCCAGUUCAUGUUUCAUCUCCGCCGAUCUCAGUUCGUUCAGGUACCAUAAAUUAUUCUAAAAUUUGCUUAUUUUAUCUUGAAAAAAUUAUUUUUUUGGAAACUCUGACAGAAAUCUGCCCUCCCUCUUGUUCUAUCUAGGUCUUUAAUAACAGCCCAGAUGAGACGGCGUACUUCAGAAUGAUGAUGAACAGAGAGAACGUAGCAGAUUCUGUGGUGAUGAUCCAGCCGUCCUUGGUUUCCUACUCCUUCAAUUCGGGCCCAGAACCUGCGCUUCUCGAUGUGGCCGCCAUUGCUGCCGACAGGAUCUUGCUACUGGAUUCCUACUUCACAGUCGUUAUUUUUCAUGGGUCAACGAUCGCUCAGUGGAGGAACUUCGGCUACCAGAAUCAGCCCGAGCACCAGGUGAUUGAUUCACCAUUCCCAAGAUCUGUUCUUCAUUAAUCAAUCACCCAUAUAUUUUCGGCUUAGAUCAGUCAACGCUCAGAUGAUGGAAGAAGAAAAAAAAAAGAGGAGAUUUUUCUGCGCAGCUUUCAUGUUAUUAAUGUUCUUGCAGGUGCUGGAUUAAGUCAACUCAUCGUUGUAGGACAAACUGACUAGAUAAAGAUGAUCUAUAGAACAUUCCAAGAACAUAUUUCCCUGAACCUUAUCAAAAGCUAGAUUAUUGAAAGAGUAGGCGCCAUAAUUAUUCGAAUCAUUGAUUCUCUUGGUUGUUGGAUACGGAAAAUUAUCAUCUCAUUUUCUUGCUGCUGGCUAAGAUGUUGAGUCCAUCGGGAUCCUCAUCCUUGGGAAUGAUUUCCUUCCAUUAUUGGUUUUUAUUUAUUUAUUUUGUGUGUGAGAGAGAUGGGUGAUGAGUACGUCCGGGCUGCUGCUGAUGAACCCGGUUCUCUCCCUAGGUUUUCGCUCAGUUGCUGCGUGCUCCUCGUGAGGAGGCAGAGGGGAUAAUCAAGGAGCGAUUUCCAGUCCCUCGCUUGGUCAUCUGCGAUCAAUAUGGCUCACAGGUAAGAUCAUCUUCAGUGGAAUUCAGCCCAUGAAGCCGAGACCUGCCCUCUCUCUCUCUCUCUCUCGCUCUAUGUAUGUAUGUAUCUCUUACUCUUAUCUCUCAAUUGUGAAUGGGGCAGGCGCGGUUUCUCUUGGCGAAGCUCAACCCUUCCGUCACCUACAACUCCGACAACCCGCCGGCGCCGGGUGGGGACGUCAUAUUCACCGACGACGUGAGCUUCCAAGUCUUCAUGGACCACCUGCAGCGGCUCUCGGUGCAGUAA